AAAGCAUAAGUCAACUCUUAAACACCCCUUUGUUUAUAAGGCACUCAUUGCAGCUACACGCAUAAACACACACAUAAGCAAACUAAUAAUAAGCAAUUAAUUUUCAAUUAUCGAGAUAUUCUUGAAAUCUUUGGGGAAAUUUAGUGUUUUUUGAAAUAUUUUCUCCUUUGUGAAAAUUUCGCUAUAAAAGCGCAAAAAUUUCCAAGAAGCAUCAUCAGUUCACUUUCAUCGUUCACAUCAUAGAAAUCGUGUCCUCUUGCACCAAAGAAACUUGGAAAAUGUUUGCCAUUCGCUUCUCCUUUGCCCUACUCAUCAUUGCCUUCAUUGUGGCUGUAGUUCUAUUGCAAUCCAGUGAGGCUGCCUAUCGCAAACCCCCAUUCAAUGGCAGCAUUUUCGGCAAACGCAACUCGAUUGAAUAUGACAAUGCCAAAGCUGUUACGGCCAUGUGUGAAAUUGCCAUGGAAGCCUGCCAAUCCUGGUUCCCCCAACCCGAGAGUAAAUAAUCAUUGAUUUUGUGGUAACAUUUUUGUGGAUUCCCUUCAUGACCUAUGGACUAAAAAUGACAGCAGCUAAAAUUAUUGUAACCAAAAAACCAGUAUUGUAAAAAUUUCUAUAUACACAUAAUAAAGACUUAUCCAUGUAAACGGCUAAA